AUGGACAAACCAGUUAACGCCGUACCGCGCGGUAAACGACCCAGACAAUUGCCACGCCGUGUCGUCCAUAUUCAAAAGAAGGCUAAAAUUUUUACCCAAGAGUUCUCCACUUUGUCUAAGAGUCGCCAAAUCAAAUAUCUAAAGAUGAAAUACGUAAUAGAACAUAUGGAGAAAGGCUUUACCGAGUGGGUGAUUUUGGAAUAUGCGCAAAUUCUGAGAGAUGUUGGUAGUGACAAUCUUAUCUUAACCUGUCUUCCUGAAGGUACCACAGAUAGGGAUAUUCCUGUUUCUUUACUCAAACUUGGACUACAAUGGUCGACUAAAGAUGCUUCGCAUUUCAUUCCUAGAGACAUUCCUAAGUCCAGAUUGUGUCUAUUGGACCCUCGGGCAGAACUGGAUCUCCAACCUACUGAUACGGGUGAAUUCGAUUACUUCAUCUUCGGUGGAAUUCUAGGUGAUCAUCCACCUAGAGAUAGAACAGGCGAACUAAGACAACGUUUAAAUUGUCCAGGAAGACGUUUGGGAGAUUCUCAGAUGUCUACAGACACUGCUGCGAGAACCACCAAGAUAAUUCUCGAUGGAACACCUCUUGAGGAGAUCAAGUUUAUAGAUUACCCUGAGAUUCGAUUCAGUAGACACGAGGCCACCGAAAUGCCCUUCAGAUACGUUCUUGACGGUGACUACAGGCCUAUUUUACCACAGGGAAUGCUCAGAUUGAUCAAAAAGGAUUCCGAAAGGAGUUUGGACCAGUUCUUCUGA